CUCAACUGAAGGAAAAGAAAAGAGAGAGAGAGAGAGUGUAUCUGUGAAUCAAGUGUUGAGCUUCUCUCUCUUUCUUUUGUUUUUGCGCCACCACUCACACCAAGAAGCUAAGCUCUUGCCUCUCUACCUUCUGGUUUAAUCAAGUCUACAUAGAGACAGAUAUGGAGGUGGCGAUGGAGAUAGAAGAUGAUUUGUUCUUUCAAGACUUGAGCAAGCAAAUUUCUCUUCUAAUCAUGGACGAUGAUGAAGACCCGGUUGCUCGUUGCCCUUCUGUUUCUCUCCAGGCCUUCUCCAGAGUGAUCCACCCAUCCACACAAUACCCAAUCCUACAUGAUCAAAAUUGCAGAAGAGAGAGCAAAGGCACAGGAGUUUUCAUUCCAAGAUCAUCCCAGCCAAGAAGGAAGAACAGGCAAGGGAGAUUCAACUCAUCCAACACCAAAUCUCAAAGGCAACCUGAUAAUAACACAAGAGGGGUUUCUCAUCUAUCCUACAAAAAUUCUUUUAACCCCAAAAAAUGCUAAGCAGCUACAUAUUGGUUAAUUAGUGAUGAAGUGUAUAAUUUGAAUAAUGAUUCUACUAAUUACUUUGCCAUUGUGUUGAGGCAAAGCCCCUCUUUUUUAUUUCCCCCUUUUAAUCUGUAUGGUGGCCAUGUACAUUAAUUCUGUAUUACUCUACUAUUAAUCCUUGGCUUUGGGGAGGUUUCACCAAAGGUCAUACCUCUCUAGAUAUGGAAAUGUAUGCUGGGUGUUGAGAUUGAUGUAGGAUAAGCUUUGUGUUCAUUUAAUGCCAUAACUUAAAUUAUUUUAUUUUUAUCUUA